GGCAGCCCAGAGUCGGCGCUGUAAGGCUUUCAAAUGACGGAUUCUGUCGUCCAAUCGAGUCGAUCGAGGGACCUCGAUAAGCUCCUUCUUAGGCCCGGUAACCUCAUCGGCGCAAAUUUCGAGCCCGGUUCCCAAUUGAGGGAUGACCUUCAACAGUAUGUGAAAGUGCUGGUCAUAGGAGCUGGAGGGUUGGGCUGCGAGCUCCUGAAGGACUUGGCUUUGUCGGGUUUCCGGAAUCUGGAAGUAAUUGACAUGGAUCGCAUUGAAGUUACUAAUCUCAAUCGUCAGUUUCUCUUCAGGCUUGAUGAUGUUGGUAAGCCAAAAGCCGAGGUAGCUGCAAAACGUGUUAUGGAGAGAGUUAGUGGUGUCAAUAUUGUGUGGCAUUUUUGUCGGAUUGAGGACAAAGAAAUUGAAUUUUACAACGAUUUUCACAUAAUUGCACUUGGUCUUGAUUCCAUUGAAGCUCGAAGUUACAUCAAUUCUGUCGCUUGUAGCUUCCUCGAGUACGAUUCUGAUGAUAAUCCGUUUGAAGAAACAAUUAAACCAAUGGUAGAUGGUGGAACUGAAGGCUUCAAGGGGCAUGCAAGGGUAAUUUUACCAGGGGUCACGCCAUGCUUCGAGUGUACCAUCUGGCUUUUUCCACCUCAAGUAAAGUUCCCUUUAUGUACUCUAGCAGAAACUCCUAGAACUGCCGCUCAUUGUAUCGAGUAUGCCCACCUAAUUAAAUGGGAUGAGGUUCAUAGUGGCAAAGCUUUUGAUCCGGAUGAUUCAGAACAUAUGAAAUGGGUUUACAGUGAGGCUGUUAAGAGAGCCGAACUUUUUGGCAUACCGGGAGUUACAUAUUCACUAACUCAGGGCGUAGUGAAGAAUAUCAUUCCUGCUAUUGCUUCCACCAAUGCUAUUAUAUCAGCUGCAUGUACACUGGAAACGUUGAAGAUCGUAUCGGGAUGCAGCAAAACGCUAUCCAACUACUUAACAUAUAAUGGUGCAGAAGGUCUCCACACUAAAGUGACCGAGUUUGUAAAAGAUAAGGAUUGUCUUGUUUGUGGUCCAGGUGUUCUUAUUGAGCUGGAUUCUUCGAUCUCUUUACAAAAGUUCAUUGAACUUCUAGAAGAUCAUCCCAAGCUCUUGUUAUCGAAGGCAAGUGUCACGCAUCGAGGGAAGAAUCUAUACAUGCAGGCACCUCCUGUACUUGAAGAGAUGACCAGAUCAAAUUUGAGUGUUCCACUUUUUGACUUGAUGGGUAAAGUUUGGAAAGAUGUAGUCCAUGUGACUGGUGUAGCUUCUAAGAAUGAUAAGAAAACUUCUUGUCUCCGAAAAUUACGUGUGGCGUUUAAGGGGGUUGACGGUGUUACAGAUAUGGACACUGCAGGUGGGGCUUAAUACUACAUUACAUUUUUAUCUCCAAAUUUGAGUCAUGGCUCUCUCCCCCCUCUAAUGAAUGGAAAAAGGUUGAUGUGGGGUCGGAUCCAUUCCCAUUUGUACAAUUUUUUUUUCUUCCUGAAAAGAACAUUAGAGAUGUUGCCAGAGACUACUGAUGUAUUGCACAAUGAUUUACUUCUUUCAUCCUUCUACUUCAAGCUACUAUGUGACUAUUAACUGCUAACAGUGAUUAAGACUUGACAUAAUAGUGGAUAUUUUU